AGUACUUGUCAAAAUUAAUACACACACCACACGUAUAAAAAGGUGCCUCUCACUGUUGCACCAUCGUCAAUCCAAUCUCCCCUGUCCGAAAAAUCUGCACUCCUUCUUUUCUUCUCACUUUCUCUCUCUAAGAUUCUCUCUCUCUCUCUCUCUCUCCUAAAUAAUAGCUAUGGCUGCUUUUGUAGUGGGAUUAGUCCUUGUAUUGGCCAUGACCGGCUAUUCAGAUGCAAGUUAUUGCGUGUGUAACAGUGGAGUGAGUGACGCUGUUCUUCAGAAGAACAUAGAUUACGCUUGUGGCGCUGGAGCUGAUUGUACAGCUAUUAUGCAGAACGGCGCUUGUUUUAACCCUAACACCGUUAAAGAUCACUGCAAUUACGCCGUUAACAGUUAUUACCAGAGGAAGGCUCAAAUUACUGGUAGCUGUGAUUUUCAGGGCACUGCCGCUGUUACCCAAACUGCCCCCAGCGCUGCUCCUGGAUGUGUGUAUCAAUCUAGUCCCAGUGGCGGAGGAGGAGGAGGCAGCACAACCCCACCGGGCACUGGCGGCACCACCCCCAGCCCGCCGGGCAUUGGCGGCACCACCCCCAGCCCGCCGGGUACAUUUCCGGGAUCGCCGGUGAUUCCGGGCAUGGGGCCCACAGGAAGUGGAUUUGGCAACACAGACAACAGUGCCAGUUUUAAAACAUUGCCUCAAACUUUUGCUAUGGCUGUUUUUGUUGUUUUUUUUUCCUUGUGUCUAUAUUAAUUUCUGGGCAUAGCAUCUGAGGUAAAGAUUAUUAUUAUUAUUAUUAUUGCCACGAGGGUUUUUUUCUUUUUAAUUAAUAUAGUAGUCCAUUAACAUUAAUAUUAUUAUUAAUAUUUAUUUAUAUUUAUAUAUUUGUAUUUUUCCUCUCUUGUGGAAAAAGAAAGUAGGGGAAUUUGAUUCCUUUUGGCUUUAUGGGGUAGCAGAAAGCUGUGUCUCUUUUGUUUGGAUUUUUCCUUUUUAUUAUAUCUAGAUAUGGAGGGCAGCUUUUAUUAUUAUUAAAAUUAAUAUUAAUUUAUGUUCAUACCAAAUUUUAGUGAGAUUUUGCUACCUUA